CGGAAGCCUGCCUGAUAGUGAUGAAGGCAAAUAUCGAGGAGCGCUCCCAAGCAAACCGGAGAAAGGUCCGCAAGGGUACAAGGAGCUGCUGGGAAUGCAAGCGGCGCAAGGUUCGCUGUAUCUUCAGCUCCUCCCCCAAUACCAUCUGCGAUAACUGCAGGCGACGGGGAUCUACAUGUAUCAGUCAGGAGCUCGCAGACAGCCCUAUAUCUACAAGCAAAGACUUGGUUGAUGCUAGGCUCGAUCGAGUAGAGAGGAUACUCGAACAGCUGGUUGACUCGGGCAGCCAAUCGCUAUCUCUUGAAAAUCAUACCGAAACCCCUCCCAGUUUGGGGAUAUUGGACAGUUAUAUGGACUCUAGUCGAGAAGAACAAGAGCCGUCUUCAGCAAACAACAUUCCCACAAACCCGUAUGAGAGCAUAACCCGCGACCUUUUCGCGGCCUGGCCGAGCCAGAGGGAGCUCAACCAUAUCUACAAUUUCCCUGUUGGCAUAUCAGUAUAUAUGAAUUAUGAAAUUUGGGUUCCUAAUUCCCCCUCCACAGACGGCAGCCUACCAACUUUACAAGAAAUGCUCCAAUUACCAGCAUCAAACUCCCACCCCGUCCUAAUCGCACGCAAACUCCUCACCCUCGCCAUCUUCCUCCAAGGCAUCCCUCUAUCCUCCAUCCAAACCCUAUCUAACCUAUCCAUCUCCCACCACGACAUCAUGACCCGCGCCGUUACCCGUGCCACCAGACUAGUAACCACAAACGACGAGCUCACUCCCUCCAUCGAAGGCCUGCAAUGCAUCAUGCUCGAAGCUCAGUACCAAAACUACGCCGGAAACCUCCAUCAAGCCUGGCUAGCCACCCGCCGAGCCACAGCCAUCGCACAGAUGCUAUCUCUCCACCGAGGGCUUCCCCCAUCAUCCCUGAAGACUCUCGAUCCAGCUACGCGCGACACCCUAAACCCAGAUUACCUGUGUUUUCGCCUCGUCGAGAUGGACCUCUACCUCUCCCUGAUGCUAGGCUUGCCACCUACCAAUCUCGAAGUACGGUGCCUCUGUCCUCAAGCCCUAGAAACAUGCAUACCCCAAGACCGCAUGCACCGCAUGCACUGCAUUAUAGCAGGCCGUAUCCUCCACCAACGCAGCGCCCAGAUGCCUCCCCAGUGGUGGCUCAUUCCAGAGCUAUCACCCAACCAAGGCCAGACACUUAUAAUCAACAACACCCUCCGCCUAAACGCCCAUUUCACGCACUACCAACUUCUCCUCCGCCUGCACCUCCCCUACAUGCUCCGCUCAUCACACGAUACUACUGCGUACGACCAAAGAAAACUGACCCUCAUAACCGUGAGUCGCGAGAUACUGGCCCGAUAUAUCGCUUUCCGAGCCUCGAGUCCAGCGCACUAUUAUUGCCGUGGGGUGGAUUUCAUUGCUUUUGUGGCGAUGACAGUGUUGUGUAUUGCGCAUAUCGACUCUUCAAGCCAUCUUCAACGCGAGAAGAAGGGAGGAAUAGGAACAGUAGUCAGUUUCCUCGCGCAUAGUCGACCUAGUGAUCGCGGGAUGAUGGAGCGGACACUCUCUAUUAUUGAGGAUAUGGUGGAGUCAGGGUCAGGGACGGAUGAGAUUGCGGGGAAAUUGGCAGGUAUAAUGAGGCAUUUGUUGGGGGUGGAGGAGAGUGCUGCUGGGGGCGUUGGAUAUGUGGCUAGGGAGAAUAUGGGUGAGGAUGGGAAGGGAGGAAAGGAGUAUGAUGGGAGGGUAGGAGAUGGAGGAAGGAGUUUGCAUGUUUAUAUUCCAUAUUAUGGGACGAUAGGAUUUGAGAGGAGUGAUAAUGAUGACAUAGGGAGUGGCGGUGGUGAUGGUCGUGGUGGUAGUGAAGAAUGGGAUUUACAUGCGGUGGAUGUGGCUUUGUUCAAUAGUUUAUUUGGGGAUAUGGGGGUUCCCGAUAUUGGGGGCGAGAGGUGGGAAGAAUGGGUUGGUGUAUAG